UGUAGCUAUAAAAAUAAAAUUGUGUUAUGUAAUCAAAAUUCAACUCAACUUGCUUCCCAGAGCAAGUACUAUAAUCAAUUAACCCCCGAAAUUUUCUCAAUUUCAUUUAAUUUUUGAAUAUAGUAAUAAUUGCACAUUCCACUAUAUAUAUAUAUAUAUAUAUAUACUAUAUAUCAUAUGCAGAGAGAGAAUUGGGGAUAGAAGAUAGAACGUAAAGGUGGGAAUGAGUUACCCAUGUGGUAACAAAUGCUAAUUGCGGAGAUCGCAAGGAAUUGGAAGAGUCUACGGUAACUAGAAAAGGAGAAAGAGAGAGGGACAGAAUGAGAGACAAGCAAAGAAUUGAACCCCCCAAUUUAAGGGAUUGCCAUUUCAGGCUCUUCAGUCUCUUCCAUUUUCAUCUCCAUUCAGAGAAGUAGUAGUAGUAUACGUAGUUGCAGGUUGUUUCUCUCUCUCUCAAAUGGAGAAAACUUUGUCAGGUGGUGUAUCAGAUGUCGGCGCUUGGGCGAUGAAUGUGAUCAGCUCUGUUGGCAUUAUCAUGGCAAACAAGCAACUCAUGUCCCCAACCGGUUAUGCUUUCUGCUUUGCUACAACUUUGACUGGUUUCCACUUUUCCUUCACGGCAUUGGUUGGUUUGGUUUCAAAUGCUUCUGGUUACUCUGCGUCAAAGCAUGUUCCAUUAUGGGAGCUUCUCUGGUUCUCAGUUGUUGCCAAUACGUCAAUCUCAGGGAUGAACUUCAGCCUCAUGCUAAACUCUGUAGGAUUUUAUCAGAUUUCAAAGUUAAGCAUGAUUCCAGUGGUCUGUGUGAUGGAGUGGAUUCUUCACAGCAAAAACUAUACGAGGGAAGUCAAGAUGGCUGUGGCAGUGGUUGUUGUAGGUGUGGGUGUCUGCACAGUGACUGAUGUGAAAGUCAAUGCCAAAGGUUUCAUUUGUGCAUGUGUGGCAGUUUUAUCUACAUCUUUACAACAAAUUUCAAUUGGUUCCUUACAGAAGAAGUACUCAAUAGGCUCUUUUGAAUUGCUGAGCAAGACAGCCCCCAUACAAGCAAUUUCUCUACUUGUGUUUGGUCCUUUCAUUGAUUACUCUCUUAGUGGACAAUUUGUAACAAACUAUAACUUGUCUUAUGGUGCAUUUUUCUUCAUUCUGCUUUCAUGCUCUCUAGCGGUAUUCUGCAAUGUGAGCCAAUACCUGUGUAUUGGACGCUUUUCUGCAGUCUCCUUCCAGGUGUUAGGCCACAUGAAAACAGUUUGCAUCCUGACGUUAGGUUGGCUGCUAUUUGAUUCAGAGCUGACGCUGAAGAACAUCCUUGGAAUGGCUAUUGCAGUUCUUGGUAUGGUAAUAUACAGUUGGGCAAUGGAGGUUGAGAAGCAAGGUGAUGCCACCAAGAUCAUCCCCAACAUGAAAGACAUUCUGUCAGAAGAGGAUGUUAAAUUGUUAAAAGAGGGAUUGGAGGAAACCAUGGUGAAAGAUGUUGAACUUGCCGAAUCCAAAGGAUAGGGUAACAUUCCUUAAGCAGUUGAUUUCAUGCUCACGGUGUCGGUUCUUUCAGCUUCAUUCCAUAUUGCAGCAGGACAUAUGAUGGUCUACCAUUUUGUGCACAUUUGUCACAAAAAAACUCAGAGUCCUAAACAAGUCACAUUUAUUACAAAUUUGUUAUUAUGUUUUGACAUUUUAUAUCAUUUAUUAUAGGGAGCAGGGUGAUCACGAAAUGUUUUGAUAGUUGAUGGUUGUAAUAUAUGGUAUCUCUUUGUACAUGCCUUUUCAAAGUGCUCGGUGGUUGAUCCAUCUUUUUCUGCUUUAAA